UCAUUACACUUGUCAACAUCUACUUGUGUAGUCAACUAGUAUUUUUACAAUGCUUGCUCGUAAAAUUGUAUCAUUUCUGGUGCCUCAGCACAGAAUGCUUAUCCCAAUGGCGUUGGAUCAUACCAAAAGUACCAAAAAGCAUACAGAAAAAUGUCCGGCCAAACCCCGUAAGGUAUGCCCUGGUUCGGCAGGGAAGAAAAAGAAGGCCGUUCUCAAGAGUCUCAAGAAGGGACCUGUGUGCUCCCCAAAAGCCCGCUUACCCGGCAGAGGUGGUGAUGGAGGCGGAGACGGAACAGGCUUAAAAAGAGCUUUAGAGCCUGGAAAAGUUCGCCUGGGUUUCAUUCCUGACGAAUGGUUUCGUUUCUUUAAACCAAUGACUGGAGUUUCUGGUCCCUACCUAUUUAUGUUGGGUCUCGGAAAUUAUUUAGUGAGCAAGGAAAUCUAUGUAAUGGAACAUGAAUACUAUUUGGGACUCUCAAUAGCCCUAACGCUAUAUUUGAUCAUCACGAGGUUCGGUAAGCAAAUUGGCUCUGCUCUAGAUAAAGAAGUUGAUGCAAUAGCAAACGCAUUAGAAAAAGGUAGGAGCGAUGAGCUGAAUGGACAUAGUAAUGAAAUAAAAAAAUGUGAAACCGCAAUAUGGAGAGCACAAGGACAGAAGGACUUGAUAGAUGCGAAAAAAGAAAAUAUCGCUAUUCAGUUAGAAGCUAUUUACAGAGAGCGAAUGAUGACUGUGUAUAAAAGUGUCCGAGGCCGAAUGGACUAUCACGUAAGAAGGCACAUGGUUGAAAAUCGGAUAAGACAGAAGUGGAUGGUCCAAUGGAUUUUGCAAAGUGUUGAAAAAGCUAUAACUCCCGAAUUCAAAAAGAAGGUGAUGGAAAAGGCUAUCAGAGAUUUGGACGCUCUGGCAGCGAGUCGUGGUCAGAAGUAAUUGGAGUAUUUCUCGCCAGAUAAUGUAGUUUAGGUAGCAUUUAGGUCAGGUUUGGUAAAUCAAAUAAAAGAAACACAAAUUUAUGUUAUCAUGGAAAUUUUAUGUUUUACGACUGUGUUAUUAAAAUUUCACGCUUUGCUAUUACGAUCGAUAUGGUAUCGUUACGAUUGAUAUUAAUCAAUCAUGAAACUGACGAACUUACAUUUUUACUAUUUACUGAGGGCAUAGCGGUAACUUUAUUAUGUUUUUAAAAUUGCAUAUUUUGUUAAUUCCUUUGUGUGUUUUUGAGUUGCCUACGCUGUCUGCUAAAGACAAGGACAAAAAGCAUGGAUUACCCAUAAAUGAUUGGCAUGUACUCUGCAAACUGCAGCCUAACUCUUAUGUCUGUAGUAAUUCCACCUCGCACAGUUUUUAUUACGACUUGAAAAUGCAAGGGUGCAGAACUUUCAGUGAUGGCAUGUGCGACUUAAAUUUCAAUAGUUUUCCUACUCUUAGAGCGUGUGUUGAUAGGUGCAGAGACGGGUAUCUUAUACUGCAUGCGGAAGAACAAAAGAAUCUGUCAAUUGAUGUUCAUUGUCGCCUUCAACCAGAUUUUGGGUCAUGCAAUAAUUAUCACCCAUCGUGGUACUUUGACGUUUCUACUCGGUUAUGCAAAAGUUUCGCAUACAGUGGCUGCGGUGGGAAUAAAAACAGAUUCGAGGAUUCUCUCUCAUGCAUCCAUACGUGCACCGCGGUGGCAUCUUAUGAGAAGAAGGGUUAAAAAGCACACAAACCACUAGUUAGUUCACAUAAAGCUUUUCGAUGUGUAUAUCUUUCUCUGGCCCUUGAUCCAAACGUCUUUUUGGGGGUCCAUUAAAUAUCUGUUCAACUUGUGAGGAAACGCCUGAAGAUCUAUGGACAAAUAAAUUCUGACAACGAAAUCGUAUGUAUCAAAUGUUAUAUUAAUUCUCUCAAAAUAAGCAUGAUAUUUAAUUCAUUAAUUUUAAAUCAAUAGUUACGUCCUAAUUUCUUAAUCUAAACCCUAAUCAUAAUUGGGUCAGGGUUAAUAAGGUUUUCGAUGUAUGGGAUGACCAGACCACUUGGCAAUCUUUCUACCGAUUGUAUCCAGAGAGGGCAGUUAUUCGAGAAGCUUCAACCACCACUUAGAGGGGCUCUCAUCAGACAGUUGGCUCAAGGGCUUGAUGCAAAUAGCACUACUCCUGACUGAAAGUACUCAUAGCUCGAUUUGUUUGAACUUUUUUAUCUCGACAAUUUUUUUCCAGUAGCUUAGGUCCUAUUCUCAAUGUGUGUUAUUAGUAUGGGUAUUUUUUAUGUAAACAGAUUUUUUAUGAUGUGUAAAUGCACUUGAAUU